AUGGACACGAAUGGCAGGGUGAAGCUUGUCAUGGAGCAAAUCGAGCAGCUCAUUCAGGGCCUGCUGGCAUCACAUGAAGGUGAGCACAGGGGCUCUUCUCACUCCGUGUCAGCACCCUCAACGCUGCGAUCCCCACCUGCGUCGCGCGAAGAGGCGCCUCCCUCGGACCCACGCAUGGUGAUGGAGCCUGCGCCCCCAAGGGGAAACCCAGUCCAAUUCCAGGAGUCGAUUGUGCAGCCGAGCUCCGUGCUAGAAUCGCUAGAGGAGGAUGAAGAGGAGGACGAGGACGGAAAAUCUGGGUAUGCCCUUAGCCUGUCAUGGACAAAGCGGCAUCAAGAGCUAGGCACCUGCCGACUCAGCAGCAGCAAGGGCGCGAAGACGAUUUCCACAACCGUCGUGGUGAACGGCGAGGAUGUCUCACACAACCGGCUGUCGAAUUGGAGGCGGUUGUGGGCUGCGGGGGUUGCCGCUGUUUUGCUGUGGGAUUGCAUAUCCCUACCGCUUCUCGCCUUGUCCUUCCAUGAGCCUUGGGUGAUGGAGCUACUCCGGAUCAUCUUCUGGACGCUAAGCCUGCCGAUGUUUUGGACAUCGCGGAGCAUCUCCUGUUGCAGUUACGCUGAGUUGACCUCCCUUGGGAAUGUGCUUCUGGAGGUCGUGCUUCUGAUCUUGCUCAUCUGCGCCGCCGUGGCGGGAAGCAGCCCUUCAGUCCAUGUGCAGUUUCUGCUUCGAGGGCCUGAGAUUCUCCGCCUUCGGCACAGCUCCGAAAUCGACGCCUUCCGGGGGCUUUCGCGAAUCUUCGCCAGAUGGAACCGAGGCGAACUCCGGAGGCUGAAGGUGCGUGCGGCGUGGAACGUCUUCUCCACGAUCGUCAUGUGCCUGAUCGGCCUUCACUGGCUGACCUGCGCCUGGUUUGCGUCCGGCCGAGCCUUGGAUGGAUGGGUCAACACCGAGGGGCCCUCCGACUUCAUGGACCUGUCGACGGUGGAGCAGUACCGCGUCACGCUGGAGUGGGCCAUUUCCAGGAUCCCUCCCUCCAAGACCACGGACAACGUCCUGCUUACCUCGCAGACGGAUCGAGGCCUUGCCCUCGCAGCAACGACCAUGGUCCUCCUGGCGGCCUCAAUGUUCACGUCGAUCGUGACCAACGAUCUCUCGGACAUUCGCCGUGUGCAGCGGCAGCAAGGGGAGGCUGACUGCCAGCUUUCUGACUUCCUGGAAACAUUUCCGGUGUCCUGGGCCUUGGAGCGACAGUUGAAAGGCUACCUGGAGCAGACGGUCAAGAGAGUCUACCUGCCCAGCAAGCGAGAUAUCGCCAUGCUCCUGCCCGAACUGCUCCACGGGCAGCUUUUUACCGAGUCAUUUGGGGCCGUCAUCGGCCGCCAUCAGAUGCUGUCUGGGCUCAUGGCGAAAUAUCCCAGCUUCCAGCGAGACCUUUGCAUCAAAGGUCUCGAAGACUGGACGGUGGCCCCCAACGAGGCAUUAUUCUCGCCUGGGCUCUUCUGCCAGCGGAUGAUCUUUGUCGCCUUCAACUUCGUGCUCUACAAGCGAGAAGGCAUGGUGACGCAUGCCGAACGAAGCAACCCAGCGAAUGCCAGGACCUGGACUCUUGCUCGGGGAUCGUCUUGGCUUGGUGCUGGAGUGCCUGGGUCGAUCGUGCCCAGCAGCAAGACGAAGGUGUCGAAGGUCUCCAAGGUGUCGAAGCUGUCGAAGGACAGCCCGGUCUUGCGAGUCGGGCCUCGGCACUGGUUGUGCGAGGCAUGUUUAUGGACCGACUGGCACUACUUGGGCUACGCGGUUGCAGGGACGUGCACGAGCCUUCUGUGCCUGAGCCCUGAGAAGCUGCUGGCUAUCUCGGCCGGGCAUGCGGAGCUCUCGGCGGAGCUGAUGAUCCAUGCCCGGCUCUUCAUCCAAGUGCUCAAUGAGGUUCCCGAGGCGGAGCUCAGUGACGUGCAGCAGGUCGUCUCGUGA